UUAUAUUCGAAUUAGUUAAGUGUCAAUUUUCAAUAAGUCAAGCGCCAAGGUUGGCCUGUACUUCUGUACUUUAACUCUGUACUAUUCUGUAUGUAUGGAGGACGGGAGAGAUUUGAGCAAAUAGCCGUUCUAUGGUUACUUGGAUUCCCACGGCAGUCGCUAGUUGCGUUGGGGGAUGUGUUUCCAUCUUUGGGGCUCCCCCCUUCACACUCGCUCCAUUAAUACUCAGAAACCACGGAAUACAAAAGAAGAUACGCGAUAUUACACUACUACAUACUCUCUCUCAAAACAGAAAAUGGUCCUCCUACCCCUCGCUAUCAUACCACCAUCAUCACUACCGAAGAGUAGAACCGAGUUCAUUGAGCCAACUUCUUGACGGAGUGAACGAAUACCAUCAGCUGAGAGAGAAGAGAUAAGAAGGUUUCAAGAACGGCAACAAAUUAGAGCAGCCGAAGAACGAGAGCUUAUUCAACAGGCCCAAGAAAGAGAGUUAAUUAGACAGCAUCAACAAGAAUUAAUUAUAUUACAAGGAUAGGAACGACAACAAGUUCAAAAUUUGCAAUUUUAAUCAAUUCAAUCAGAGGAUGAAGCCAGAGCAAUCGCAGUCUGUAGAACAACCAAACCACCUUCGAGUUCUCAGAAGCCGGAGUUGUGCGCAUUACUUUAUCUAAAGAAAAUUGAAGUGGCUCUUCCUUGUAAAUAUUGUAUAUAUCUAUGGAUUAUCUCGAGAUGAUGAUCGUACUUUCGAGAUGGGACAAUAUUGUUGGUCCCCAGUGUGUAUAUUUAUGGAACGAAGAGUUGACCAGUGUAUAUUACCCAACAAACUUACCUCCAAAACUCUCGGGAAUAGUCAAGUAUGUUACGGACCACACUGUCGACCACCAUGAAGUGAAUGGAAAUUAUAUUAGUCCGUCGACACAAAAGACUAGCCUUUGCAUUGUGCCAGAGCUUAAGUUUGUAUAUUUAUCAAUGUCAAUUCGUGUCCCAUCCGAAAUGGAUACGGUCCUCGAGUUUGCAAGUUCCUCCUCUAUGACAGCAAAUGAUCCAGAUCAACCUGCUACUAGUAUUCCUCACGCUGUUGCUGUUCUGGUCGAUCUCAAGUUCCUUUCACAUUUUCUCUUGUUAAGGCCUUUGGUUAUCAGUUGGUUGAGUGAGUAUGUGCCAAAAAUUGGAGUUAUUGUGUGUAAGAAUACAAUUAAAAGUUCCAUGAUAAACUCGUGGUGUGCCGAGUUGUGUAAAACAAUUUUUGCUUUGAAAGCAUGUUGGGUGCAAGACGUGGCUAAUUCCUUAUCUGAGUCGCCAUUGACCUCCACAACUGGGAAGACCAAAUCUAAUUCUCAACUAAAGAAUGGACGUAACACUAAGAAGUCCACAAAUUAUAUAAAAAAAUCUAAUGCCACCAACGACAUCAACGAUUCCAAUUUAAAGAUAUUAAAUACAACAGAUACAGAUUACUUGCCUCCAAAUCUUCGUCAUGUUUCAAAGUCGUCUUGGGGGUGUCUGCUGACUUCGCAUUUAUCCACGUUUGGUAGUUCAAUAAUUGUGGGGUUUGAUAAUCUGGCCGUUAAUCAGGUCAUUCGAUUUCUACUCUGUUUUUCGUCCAACCAAGAAGGUUACUGCUCUCGUUACUCGUUGGCAAAUUUGCCAGACACAUUUAUGAAGGGACUUUUAAUUCAGGGACUAGCACUGGGAGGAAUAGGAGAGAGAAGCAUAUCUUACAAUCAAGUUGUAUCAAAUAGACUGCCAUUGACUUAUGUUGAACUAGGCUCAAAAUUCGUUGUAAAACAAAUGCAUCCACAAAGCCACUCUCAAUUUAAAACAAAUGUACUUAUGCAAGAAUUACGAGCAUUGUGGACUUCUGCAGCUUAUAUCUCACCAACAGCAGAUCCGUAUGCUGAGCUGGUGAAAGAGGCAGCUGGAUUUGUAACUCAGUUUAUGGAAGACUUGAUUGGGUUACCUCCAGAGCGUCGUUACGGAUUUAUCUUGUUAUUCCGCAGACUUAUUCACACGAAAGCAAUGACCCUUAUUACGUACUUGCAUUCUAUUAGGCCACUACCCAAGGCUGAUCGACUCAAAUUAAUUAGAUUGAUUCCAGAUAUGUACAAUUAUGACGAGCAAGAGUAUACAAUAAUACAAAUUGCUGCUGAAAAAUUGAAACCUGGGAUCCUAAAAUUGCUAUAUUUUAAGUAAAACAACGACUGCAUUUUGAAGUGCCAAAAAAUAAUUAUUAAUAAUUUUAAAACAUAUGCAUUUAUAUGUUACUGUACACACAUUAUAUUACUGCUGCUUGAAACGACAAAUAUUAAAGGUGGAUAUCAUUCCUACAAGCAAACUUCA